AUGGCACUCUGGCCGCUACUAAGUCAGCUCUUUUGCAGUGAAUGCUCUGAGGUUCAUGUGAGCCACUCUGGUCAUCACAUGCAGGACUGUCUUGGCCCAACCAAUUCCAAGCGCCGAAGCUUCCAUUCCUGGAUUAAGGGUUCUAUCAAUGACAUACUUGUACCCAUCGAGGCAUAUCAUCUGUAUGAUCCUUUUGGUCGGCGCAUUAAGCAUGAAACUAGAUUUCAAUAUGACAGGAUUCCUGCUAUCGUGGAGCUGUGCAUCCAAGCUGGUGUGGAAAUACCGGAGUACCCUUCACGUCGAAGAACCAAACCUAUCCGAAUGAUUGGAAGGAAAGUAAUUGAUCGUGGUGGAUUGGUUGAGGAGCCACAGCCAUGGCGCGCUGCGAAUCCAUCUUCACUUGCUGAUCUCGAUACACAUGGGGCUUGUGAGCGGUUUCCACCUCCCCUGCCAUCAGACAUUCCCAAGAUUGCACAGGAGACAAUGGAUGCAUAUGAAACUGUGAGGUUCGGGGUCAUGAAGCUGAUGAAGAAAUACACUGUGAAGGCGUGUGGGUAUUGCACAGAGGUUCAUGUUGGACCUUGGGGUCACAACGCAAAGCUUUGUGGGGAAUUCAAGCACCAAUGGAGGGAUGGGAAGCAUGGUUGGCAGGACGCUACCGUGGAUGAAGUUUUCCCACCAAACUAUGUAUGGCAUGUCAAAGACCCUAAAGGACCUCCAAUGAAAGGGGGUGCACUCAAGAAGUUCUAUGGGAAGGCUCCUGCCGUGGUAGAGGUGUGCUUGCAGGCAGGUGCACGGAUCCCUGAGAAAUACAAACCCAUGAUGAGGCUUGACAUUGUAGUCCCUGACACUGAGGAGGCACAGUUAGUUGCCUGAUGAUAUGACUUCGUUUUUGUGCAGCAUACUGUGAAGCUUGUAUAUUAUUGUAUGCAAACUCUGAAUCUUUACUGUAAAUCUUUGAGGUUUGUAUGCACACUGUGGCAUCAUCAUCAUCACUUCAUCAGAAGAAAUGGCACUCUGGCCGCUACUAAGUCAGGUUAAUAGCUGCCAUUCCAAACAUUUUAGCUCAGGCGUGCCCAUGAAUUAAUCAUGACCUCCAAUUCAAUCACCUUGUAGAGAAAUGAGAAUUUUGAAGAAAUUGUUUUAAA